UCCCUCUUCCCGGCCGCCAUGAUAAGCGCCAGUCGUGCCGCAGCCGCCCGGCUCGUGGGCGCCGCCGCGUCCCGGAGCCCCGCGGCCGCCCGGCAUCAGGAUGGCUGGAAUGGCCUUAGUCAUGAGGCGUUUAGAUUUGUUUCAAGGAGGGAUUAUGCAUCAGAAGCAAUCAAGGGUGCAGUUGUUGGUAUUGACUUGGGUACUACGAACUCCUGUGUUGCAGUUAUGGAGGGCAAACAAGCAAAGGUGCUGGAGAAUGCCGAAGGUGCCAGAACCACCCCUUCUGUUGUUGCCUUUACAGCAGAUGGAGAACGGCUUGUUGGCAUGCCAGCAAAGCGACAGGCUGUCACCAACCCAAAUAAUACAUUCUAUGCUACUAAGCGUCUCAUUGGCCGCCGUUAUGAUGACCCUGAAGUACAGAAAGACAUUAAGAACGUUCCAUUUAAAAUUGUUCGUGCCUCCAAUGGCGAUGCAUGGGUUGAAGCUCAUGGAAAACUCUAUUCUCCAAGUCAGAUUGGAGCAUUUGUGUUGAUGAAGAUGAAGGAGACUGCAGAAAAUUACUUGGGGCACACAGCAAAAAAUGCUGUGAUAACAGUUCCUGCUUAUUUCAAUGACUCACAGAGACAGGCCACUAAGGAUGCUGGUCAAAUAUCUGGACUGAAUGUACUUCGGGUUAUUAAUGAACCCACAGCUGCUGCUCUCGCCUACGGUCUAGACAAAUCUGAAGAUAAGAUUAUUGCUGUGUAUGAUUUAGGUGGUGGAACUUUUGAUAUUUCUAUCCUGGAAAUUCAGAAAGGUGUGUUUGAGGUGAAAUCCACAAAUGGGGACACUUUCUUAGGCGGUGAAGACUUUGACCAAGCCUUAUUACGGCACAUUGUGAAGGAAUUCAAGAGAGAGACAGGGGUUGAUUUGACCAAAGACAACAUGGCCCUGCAGAGGGUGCGGGAAGCUGCUGAGAAGGCUAAAUGCGAACUCUCCUCAUCUGCACAGACUGAUAUCAACUUGCCGUAUCUUACAAUGGAUGCUUCUGGACCCAAACAUUUGAAUAUGAAGCUGACUAGAUCUCAGUUUGAAGGUAUUGUUACUGAUUUAAUCAAGAGGACUAUUGCUCCAUGUCAGAAAGCUAUGCAAGAUGCAGAAGUCAGCAAGAGUGACAUUGGAGAAGUGAUUCUUGUUGGUGGCAUGACAAGGAUGCCCAAGGUUCAACAGACUGUGCAAGAACUUUUUGGCAGAGCACCAAGUAAAGCUGUUAAUCCUGAUGAGGCUGUAGCCAUUGGAGCUGCCAUUCAGGGAGGCGUGUUGGCUGGUGAUGUCACAGAUGUUCUGCUGUUAGAUGUCACUCCACUGUCUCUGGGUAUUGAGACUCUGGGAGGUGUGUUUACCAAGCUUAUUAACAGGAACACCACUAUUCCAACCAAAAAGAGCCAGGUAUUUUCUACUGCUGCUGAUGGACAGACUCAAGUAGAAAUUAAGGUGUGUCAGGGUGAGAGAGAGAUGGCUGGAGACAACAAACUUCUUGGACAGUUUACUUUGAUUGGAAUUCCCCCAGCCCCUCGUGGAGUCCCUCAGAUUGAAGUUACAUUUGAUAUUGAUGCCAAUGGGAUUGUACAUGUUUCUGCUAAAGAUAAGGGCACGGGACGUGAACAACAGAUUGUAAUCCAGUCUUCUGGUGGACUAAGCAAAGAUGAUAUUGAAAAUAUGGUUAAAAAUGCAGAAAAGUAUGCUGAAGAAGAUCGAAGAAAGAAGGAACGAGUUGAAGCAGUUAAUAUGGCUGAAGGAAUUAUUCAUGACACAGAAACGAAGAUGGAAGAAUUCAAAGACCAGUUGCCUGCUGAUGAGUGCAACAAGCUAAAAGAAGAGAUUUCCAAAAUGAGGAAUCUCCUGGCUCAAAAAGACAGUGAAACAGGAGAAAACAUUAGGCAGGCAGCAUCAUCCCUUCAGCAGGCAUCAUUGAAGCUCUUCGAAAUGGCAUAUAAAAAGAUGGCAUCUGAACGAGAAGGGUCUGGAAGUUCUGGCACUGGUGAACAAAAGGAAGAUCAGAAAGAGGAGAAACAGUAGUUUAUUAUAGAACGUUAUACGAUGAAAGGACAAGAUACUAUGAAAUAGCUUGGGAGUGAAGGGACUUCCUGAGCAGAAAGGGGCAAACUUCAGUCUUUUUACUGUAUUUUUGCAGUAUUCUAUAUAUAAUUUCCUUAAUAUGUAAAUUUAGUGACAAUUAACUAACUCAUUUAAUGGUCGGUAAAGCCAGCAGUAGCAAGUUCACAAUGUUAAGUCCCUAACCUAUUUUUCAGUUGCAUGUAAGGGGUUGGGGUCAGAUUAUUUACCAAUCAUUAUAAAAAUAUAUGGUUUGUGCUCAAGUGGCUACAUUUUAAUAAGAAUGAAAACAGUUUUCACAACACCAUGAAGGUAGUCUGCAUUGGACAGUGAAUGAAACAAUGUGGCAGUCCUUUUGGCCAAGAGUACUGCUGUAAAGAAAAGCCUUUGUGAACAUGGGGUCCUUUAGCUGCUGCCUUGUGGGGCAAUGGUUGUGGGUGGUAAGCAGCUAAGUCAGUGAAAAACUGAGCCAGCUGUGUUAGGGAUAGCCUUUAAAAUAAGGCAUGAUGAAGUCCCUCGUGUUGCUGAGGUAUAUUUGCUUGCUACCCUCUUGGCCUGUGUCUGGCACCUAUAUCCUUGAUUCUUUUUGAUCCAUUCUGUAUUUUUUUUAAAAUAAAAUAUGGAAAGCA